AUGGCUAACAAUUCAGUAGCAAUUCAAAAUAAUCUGGUUGUAGACACCAUAUCAAUCUCAAUGUCUAUACAAUUCUCUUUAAAAUAUCGCUGCGAUAAUUUUGGACUGCUUAUUUUGACUCACAGAGUGUGGAUAUCGCUUGAAUUGAGACUUGGGAAGAUAGAGAAAAGGAAAGACCGAGAGAAUACCUGGCGAGAGGAGACAGAAUAUCUUGGCAGAGCAGUGUGGAAAAGGAAACAAGAAAAGAUUUAUGAAGAAUAUACAAGGGAAACAGUAGAGAUUCUUAAGGAAGAUACAAGGGGAGAAGAAACAGUAGAGAUUCAUGAAGAAUAUACAAGGGAAGUAGAAACAGUAGAGAUUUAUGAAGAAGAUACAAGGGAAGAAGAAACAGUAGAGAUUUGGGAAGAAGAUACAAGGGAAGUAGAAACAGUAGAGAUUCAUGAAGAAUAUACAAGGGAAGUAGAAACAGUAGAGAUUCUUAAGGAAGAUACAAGGGAAGUAGAAACGGUAGAGAUUCAUGAAGAAUAUACAAGGGAAGUAGAAACAGUAGAGAUUUAUGAAGAAGAUACAAAGGAAGAAGAAACAGUAGAGAUUCAUGAAGAAUAUACAAGGGAAGUAGAAACAGUAGAGAUUUAUGAAGAAGAUACAAGGAAGGACGAAACAGUAGAGAUUCUUAAGGAAGAUACACGGGGAGAAGAAACAGUAGAGAUUCUUAAGGAAGAUACAAGGGAAGAAUAA